CUACCAGCACCGGCAGCUGCAAAGUCUAGUAGAAGAAGAUAAAAUAUUUGUGUCUGUCACUUAACUGUCGCUUAGUAUAGAAUUAGUCAUAUAAAAUAGUAAUAAUUGUUUCACAGUUUCAGUGCUCAGUAUGGUUGUUGGACGAGAAUCAAUAUCAAAAUACUUUGAUACAUAUUAUUGCAGUAGAAGAAGAAGAAGCAGAAGUCCCUACAUACAUGAUGGAGAAUUCUGCUGAUGCUGAGCGAGAAAGUCUGAUUACAAAGCCUUUACUUAAUGAUGAUCAUGACGGUUUUUCAGGAAAGGGUGGCUUCAGAACCAUGCCAUUCAUUUUAGCAAAUGAGUCUCUUGCGCAGGUGGCAAGCUAUGGGCUACAGCCUAACAUGAUUCUGUACUUGACAAGAGAGUAUCAUUUGAACAUGGCUACUGGGUCCAACAUACUCUUUCUUUGGUCAGCAGCAACACAUCUCAUGCCCCUUCUUGGUGCUAUAGUUGCAGAUUCAUUUCUGGGUCGAUUUCGGAUGAUCUUAUUUGGUUGUGUUAUUAGUCUUCUGGGAAUGGCUCUUUUAUGGCUAACAACUAUGAUUCCACAAGCAAAGCCGCCUCCAUGUUAUGAAUCGAAUAACAAUUGUAGCUCAGCGACAAGUUUGCAACUCUUUCUCUUGUGUUGUUGUUUUGGACUCCUGUCUAUUGGAGGUGGAGGAAUUGGAUCUUCAUCCUUGGCUUUUGGUGCUGAUCAGUUGAGAAGAGCAGGUGGGCAGAACAAUGGAUGGGCUCUGGAGUGUUAUUUCAGCUGGUACUAUGCGUUAUGCACAAUUUCUAUUUUAAUUGCUUUACCUUGCAUUGUCUACGUACAAGAAAACUUGGGAUGGCAAGUUGGUUUUGGCAUUCCGGUCAUGCUCAUGUUGUUGUCAACUCUGUCAUUCUCCCUGGCUUCGCACUUAUAUGUCAAGUUGAAGGCUAAAUCAAGUUUAAUUGUUGAAAUGUUUCAAGUGGCUGUAGCCUCUUAUAGGAAACGGCAUAUAGAAUUGCCAACAGAGAGCUCAAAAAUGCUGUACCAUCACCACAGGGGUCCAUCAAUCUGUCUUCCAAGUGAAAAACUAAGGUUCUUAAAUAAAGCUUGCAUCAUCAUAGAUCCUGAGAAAGACUUGACAACAGAUGGAAGAGUAGCAGAUCCCUGGAGUCUUUGCACAGUAAAUCAAGUUGAGGACCUGAAGUCGAUUCUCAAAGUGAUUCCCUUAUGGUCCACAGGAAUGAUAAUGUCAAUAAAUGUCAGCCAGGGCUCAUUUUCUGUACUUCAAGCAAAGUCCAUGAACCGAAAAUUUGGUCCAAACUUUGAGAUGCCAGCAGGUUCUUUUGGUAUGUUUACCGUUGUCAGUGCAGUACUAUGGAUAGCUCUUUAUCAACAGAUAUUCUUGCCUGUUGCGUCAAGAAUUAUGGGGAGACCUGUUCAUCUCUCGACAAGGAAAAGAAUGGGAAUUGGAAUGGCCCUGUCUUUUGUAUGCAUGAUAGUGACAGCAACAGUGGAGGCUAAGCGACGUAGUCUGGCUAUCAGAGAAGGAUAUUCAGAUGAUUUAGAUGCAGUGGUGGACAUGUCAGUACUUUGGCUUCUUCCCCAAUAUUUCCUGAUCGGCGCUGCUGAAACUGCAAGCGCAAUUGCACAGAAUGAGUUCUAUUAUUCCGAGUUUCCAAGAAGCAUGUCAAGUAUAUCUUCCACUUUGUUCUCACUUGGGGUGUCUGCGGCAAAUCUUGUUGCAAGUUUUCUUAUGAACGCCAUUGACAAACUCUCAAAACUGGGAGGAAAAGAAAGCUGGAUUGAGACCAACAUCAAUAAGGGUCACUAUGAUUAUUACUAUUGGGUUCUUGCUGGCUUAAGUGUGCUUAACAUGAUUUAUUUCCUCAUUUGCAGCAAGGCUUAUGGUCCUAGCAAAGAAGAUGAGAAAGAGACAACUUUUCGCGAAGACGAUAACUAGCACUAUAGCUCUUUCAUUGCCGUAAUGUAACCUAGACAAUUUGUAUCGUGAUCAAUAUACCUGCAGAAGCCUGAGAGUCAAGAAUAUCUGUUGAUCCAACAAUGUUUUCAACAAUGUCAUUGGAGAGAGCCGGCAAUGAAGAUCAGACUGAUUUACAUAUCGUUGGCAAUGCCGCUGUUGAAUAGGAUUGUAUCUAUAGAUGUGAUGCUGUUGGUGUAUGAAUAUACAAACUUUACAUGUUUAAGAUUGUAAAUCUGCCAUUUUACUGUAAAAGCUGUCAUCCAACUUAUUAUAUCUGGAUGCACUAAUGUCUUGCAGCAGCGAACUGUAGUAGAGAAAUAAUCUUCCUUGUUAAUAUCCUACAUCAUUGCUAAUUGCACUUUUUUCCCCUC